AUGUUUGCCCGUACUGCAGCUCGUUCCCUGGCCGCCCCCUCAUCACGUCUUUUCUCUUCAUCCGCUGCGCGCCUUCACAAGGUCGCAGUGCUCGGAGCUGGCGGAGGAAUUGGCCAACCUCUGUCUCUUCUACUCAAAAGUGAUCCUCUCGUCACAUCUCUGAGCUUGUACGAUAUUCGUGGUGCACCCGGUGUUGCCGCCGAUGUUAGCCACGUAGACACUGGCAGCGAGGUGACUGGUUAUGCUGCCGAUCAGCUCGACCAGGCCCUUGAGGGUGUCAAGGUUGUUGUUAUCCCUGCUGGUGUUCCAAGGAAGCCUGGUAUGACCCGUGAUGACCUUUUCAACACCAACGCCUCCAUCGUCCGAGACCUUGCCGCAGCCGUUGCCCGCGUCGCGCCAGAAGCCCACAUUCUCGUCAUCUCCAACCCCGUUAACUCUACCGUUCCCAUUGUUGCUGCCACUCUCGAAAAGGCCGGUGUCUUUGACCCCCGCCGCGUCUUCGGUGUCACAUCUCUCGAUGUCGUCCGCGCCAGGCGCUUCCUGUCCGAGGCGGUCGGCACCUCACCUAAGAACACCGGCGUCACUGUCGUUGGUGGUCACAGUGGCCCCACCAUUGUCCCCCUCCUCUCACAAACUGAGUGGGGCAAGCAGGUCACCGGCGAGGCGUGGAAGAAACUUGUGCAUCGCAUUCAGUUUGGUGGCGAUGAAGUUGUGAAGGCGAAGGAUGGUGCUGGUAGCGCUACCCUCUCGAUGGCUUACGCUGGCGCUAGCUUCACCAAUCACCUCCUGCGCGGCUUGAGCGGCGAGAAGGGCGUGAUCACACCCACCUUUGUCAAGAACCCUCUCUACGCCGACCAGGGCAUUGAUUUCUUCUCGUCCCCCGUUGAGCUUGGUGUUAACGGUGUUGAGAAGAUUCACCCUAUUGGUACCAUCAGCGCUGAUGAACAGGCGCUUCUCGACGCUUGCCUGCCCGAACUCAAGAAGAACAUUGAGAAGGGCAAGGCAUUCGUUGCUUAGGGACAUAUUAUUUGUCACUUAAUGAGAUU